AUGGCGUUUCAAUCUCGAACACAACGAAUGCUUUCUCUAGCAAAAUCAAGCAAAACUAACUAUAUUCAGCAACUAAUUUCAGUCUCGAUGAAUGAAAAAGACAGUUCAUUAUUUGGCACUGAUGAAGACUUAACUUUUCAUGAGAUACUACCAGAACCUAAGAAUGAAAAAGACAGUUCAUUAUUUGGCACUGAUGAAGACUUAACUUUUCAUGAGAUACCAGAACCUAAGUGUCCAGAUGAAUACACCUUUGAUAAAUGGCUUCCAACAUUUCCUAUCGCAGAAAUACAAGAUAAUGAUUUGAAUAUUAAUGAUCAAAAUUCUAUGAUCAAUUUGAGUAAUGAAAAUUUUGAAAUCCCAGAGUGUGUUAAUUCAAACAAUUUAAAAGAAGACAACACAAUUGAGGAUAAAAAUGACAAAUUUUCUAUCCAUAAAGAUGAAGUAAAUAUUAAUUUAGGUUACUUUGAUUGUAAUAAUAUAGAGUUACCUUCAAUCGACAUUAAUGCGAUUCAAGAUUUUGAAUAUGAAGAUACUAACAAUAUUAUUCUUGAAGACAACCCUGCAGCUCUCCCAAUAAAUAAUGAAACUCCUCAAAAAGAAAAAAGAUCAAGAAAAAGGAAAAGGAAUCAAAAUAUGUGGAAAAGAGAAAUUAAAAAAAACAAAAGAAAUUUAGGAGAUUCUUAUAUUACAACAAAAGGAAUAGAAAAACCAAAAAGGAAAUUACUAGAACCUUGUGGAGUAACCUGUAGACUUAAGUGUUCUGAAAAAAUUGUUCAUGAAGGAAGGGAAAUUAUUUUUAACCAGUUUUGGGCACUUGGAGAUAUCAACAGACAGCGAGAUUUCAUAAAUAAUCACAUGGAAAUCAUAGAACCAAAGUACCAAUACAAAAAAAUUGAUUCAAAGAGGACAAGUAACUAUCAAUUUUAUUUCAAUACUGGUGUAAAUACCCCAAUAACCCGUGUAUGUAAGAAGUUUUUCAAAGCAACAUUAAACAUUAAUGAUACAAAUAUAACAACUGCUAGGAAAAAGCUUACUGAAUCUGGAAGUACUGAAAGAGAUCCAAGAGGUAAACACAUUGAAAAUAGAAUAAUUGUUACUGAAGAAGCUAAAGUUAUUGUUCGAAAUCAUAUUAAUUCUUAUCCAAGAAUAGAGUCACACUAUCUUAGAAGCCAAACUACCAGAGAUUUUAUUGAUGGUAGCUUAACACUUUCUGAAAUGUAUCGUAUGUAUUUAACUUUUUGUUCUGAUAAUUCGAUUCUUCAACCUGUGAAAAAACAUACUUACAAAGACAUCUUCAAUCAUGAAUUUAAUAUUGGUUUUUUUACUCCUAAAAAAGAUCAAUGUGCUGUUUGUGAAGAGUAUAAAAAUACAACUACAAAAUCUGAAGAAUUAAUAAACAAAUUUGAAAAACAUAUUAAGGCCAAAGAAGAUGCUAGAAAUGAAAUUAUUAAAGAUACUACUGCAAUAAGCACUAAUAAAUAUAAUAUAGGAUUAUAUUUUUAUGAUCUACAAGCUGUAUUACCAACACCAUCUGGUGAAGUAUCAUCUUUUUAUUAUAAGAGAAGACUUGCUACAUACAAUUUUACAGUUUUCAAUUCAUGCACUAAAGAAGGGCAUUGUUUUGUAUGGAAUGAGAGUACUGGUAAUAGAGGAGCUGUAGAAAUAGGCAGUUGUAUCAUUAAAUUUAUUGAAACAUUUGUAACAGAUAAAGAUAAAAAAUUAAUAUUUUAUUCUGAUAAUUGUAAUGGUCAGAAUAAAAACCGGUUUAUUUACUCAGUUUAUAUGUAUAUUGUGAUGUUCUUAGAUGUACCAGAGAUAACUCACAAAUUUUUAACUACUGGUCAUACUCAAAUGCCAGUUGAUUCUAUGCACAGUCGUAUUGAGACACAAAAGCAACGUGCAUUGAAAAGUGGUCCAGUGUAUAUUCCAGCACAGUGGGUUUCAAUAAUAAAAUUAGCUAAAAAAAAUGGAAAACCUUAUACCACAACUGAAAUGGAUACAAAAGAUUUCUUCGACCUAUCUACUUUAUGUAAUGAACUUGGAACAAAUUUUAAUGUUAAUGAGCAAGGAGAAAAAUUUUUGAUGGGUGACAUUGUAGAAGUGAAUGUUAAAAAAGAAAAACCAUUUAUUGUACAUUAUAAGACAGAUUUUUCCCAACCUGAUUAUAAAACAAUUGAUAUACGCAGUUACAGUAAACGGAAUAAAUCUUACCCUGAAAAAAGUACCAUAAUUAUGAAACAAGCUUAUACAGAACCACCAAAAAUAUCAAUUACAAAAAAACAAGAUUUACUUUCUUUAUGUCAUUCCAACUUAAUUCCAGAGCAGUAUCAUGAAUUUUAUAAUAAAUUAUCUACAGAAAAUAAAGAAAGUACCGGACCAAAGUCAAGUAAAAAUUCAAGUAUUAAUAAGCUACCAUCAAACAUCAAGAAAGUUGCUCCAGCAAAA